AUGGAUCCCUCAUCAGCAGGCCAGUCAAUGAAUAAGUCGGCUGUCUACAACCAAGUCAUUACUGUCACUGAUCGUCAUGGCGAACAGAGCCAGUUUCCAUUGUGGUACGUCGACACGCUGAUAGUGGAUGCCGUUGUCCAUGGCAUCAUUCCAGGGGUUCAAUUCGGCGCCAGUUUGAUCCUCACUCUUGUACUGGUUCUUCUCUCUAAGCACGACAAGCGACGCUCGCCGGUCUUCAUAUUCAACACGACCGCCUUGUUCUUCAACAUGAUCUACGCUCUGUUGCAAUGUUGCAUCGUGACCAGCAGUUGGUGGGACAUCUAUCCCGUACUCGUGGGCGACUACGGCGUGGUGACGCCAGCAGCUCAACGUCUGACGACGGCUGUGGCGGUCUUCGUCACGCUCGUCGCUUUGUGCAUCGAGGUCUCGUUGGUGUUGCAGGUCCAUGUGGUCAGCAUCACGCUGCGGACGUGGCAGAAGCUGUCUAUUCUGGCAGUCUCCUCAUUCGUUGCCGUUAUGGCUAUGGGCUUUCGUAUCGCGCAGUCCGUGGUCUCGGUCAGAUGUAACAACAAAGCAGAUGCCUUUUGCAGCAGCACGACCUGGCUCGCCAAGGCAAAAGACAUCAGCUUGACACUGAGCAUCUGCUUCUUCAGCGCCAUCUUUUGCGCCAAAUUGGGAUGGUCACUCCGCGAACGUCGCAAGCUUGGCAGGAAGCAGUUUGGCAGCAUGCAAAUUAUCUUCAUCGGAGGAUUCCAGACCAUGUUCAUUCCUGGUAUGCAUUCUCUUGUUCCUACAAACCUCAGUAAAAUAGCUGACAUUCUCNCAGCAAUUUUCUCGCUCAUUCAGUUCAUCAAUGCGGAGAACAUUCCUAACAUCGGCACAAACAUCCUGACAGCGACUUGUAUCUCGCUGCCACUGACAUCUAUCUGGGCCGCCUCCCACGCUUCCUCGCCGUCCAAGGCCGCCCGUGGGCACGACUUUCACCGCAAAUUCCUAGUCGCCUCAAGCACGGCCGAUCCUACUCUUCGCAAGCCGAGCGACACGCCUCAAUGGUCGCCAUCUCAAACGGCAUCACAAUCAAAUGUAAGGGGAAGGCUGGGUGUACUCAACAGUGUUGACAGUAGGUCCGAUGCCAGCAGCUGGACCAAGUACAGCCCAGGCCCAAGACCUACGGUGGGGGUGAGAGAUGUUGAGCGUGAUCUGGAGAUGCAGGAAUUGAAGGAGAGGGAUUGA